AUGUUAAAUGACUAUUCUUUUUAUGCUUCACUACAUGCUCGUACAAAUAACAAUAAUUCUAAAGGUUGCAAGAAUAGUAUGAUAUCGAAUAAUAUGCCUCAGAGCAGUGAUAAAACCCAGGAAACAGAAAAACUUAAUAUUAAUUUGACUGAUCUAGAAUCUAAUUCUGCUUUUUUUGAAUCAUUUCUUGAAACGAUCAAACGAGAUUACAAAAAAUGUGCAAAAGCUAAAUCUGUUCCAGCAUUAGUGUCAUUUCUUUAUGACAUUAAUCGUGAUAUUGAUCCACUUGCACGAGUAAAAGUGGAACAAAAAUUCGUAUGCAAGUUGAAUCAGUGA